AUGGCCUUCAGGGGGCCUGAACCCUGGGUCCCUGCAUCCCUGCUGAGCCAGAGGCUGAAGGCCAACGAAAAGACUUUGGACCUGGAGUUCGAGGUCUUGAGCGUGGGGUUUAACGAGGAGGCCAGAUACGCCCUGUGGUUGUCAGCUGAGAGGCCCCGGCAGGCCAGCUCUGGGGCUGGGGUGCAGUUGCAGGUGAAUGAUGGGGACCCCCUCCCUGCCUGCUCUGCUGUCACCGAUGUCGUUGAGCAGAAAGACCCUGGCCAGAGCCUCACCCUCACCAGGAACAAGUUUGUCUUUACUUUGCUUAAAGCUUUCUGCAAGAAUGAUGGACAGCACGACGCACAGCUGCGCCUGGAGGCUGAGCGGGCCUCCGGAAGGGCGGCCCAGCGGGUGGGCGAGGCCAUUUUUCCCAUCUACCCACGCCCGGACCAACCCCGAAUGAACCUCUCGGUCCAGGAGCACAAGGACCCGCACCACUACUGUGGCAACCUGGCUCUGCUCCGGGCCAGUGCAGACCCCACGGCCUGCCACUGCGGGGGCCUGGCCUACAGGGUGGCCUUCCACAUGCACCAGGCCCCUCAGCCUCCUGCCACAAACUGCCCUCCCCGCGCCAGCCAGCCAGAACCAAUGUCACCGUAGGAGCCCACGAAUACCUCCCAGAAUGUGGACGCUGUCAUCAGCCAACUGUCUCCCUCUGAUAAGGAGGUCAUCACAGUCACUCUCCAUGGGGCCACCAACCUUCCUGCCUCCAAGGAUGCUUGGGCAGUGGGGCGGGGAGUUGGGCGGCCCGUGGCUCCUCGACAGAGCCACCGCGACCUGCGCCAUCACCCGGUUGCCAUGGGAACGCGCAGCGGGAGCCAAGCCGCGGAGCCUGGGAAAACCACGUCUGAGGAAGCGAAGAAGCAGAGUUCCAAGGCAGUCACAUUUGUGCCCUCGGAGCCCAGCAAAGCCCCCAUCGGGGGGGACACGGUCAAAGUGGAGAUCCAAGCUGAGGAUGCGGGGCAUGAAGAUGUGAUCCUCAAGGUGGUGGACAAUAAAAAGAAAGAGGGGCUGUUGUCCUAGCAAAUCCCCAUCCAGUACUUGCGUGUCUUCCACCCCUACCACUCCGAGCUGAUGAAACCCACUGAGUCUGGGAAAGCCGAUGAAGCCACUGCCAAGACCCAACUUUAUGCAACAGUCGUUCGGAAGGGCAACUUCAUCUCCCACUACAUGGGCCACAACCACACAGCUCUGGAGGUCUUUUUCCGGGGGGUCAACGAGCCCCUGGUCAACAGCCCCGGCCCCACGGUAGUCAUCGCCCGGGCGGUUCCCAACUACAGGGAGCUUCCAGUCAAUCAGGUAAACCGGGACCCAGCAUCCCUGGGGCUUCCCAUCACCCCACUCUCCUUCCCUAUCCCCCCUGUGAUGAACUUUGAUGUUCCUCGGGUCAGCCAGGAUGGGUGCCCUCAGCUGUCCAAGCCUGGGGGACCCCCAGAGCUGCCCCUGUGGAAUCAGUCCUUCCUCUUCCAAGGCCGAGCUGGAGCCACCAGCUUCCCAGAGGACAGAGCCCUGGUGCUGGAGUACUACUCCUCGUCUUCGAUGAAAGACAGUGAACCAUGGACCCUCAACAAGUCCCAGGGUAUCUCCGUGUUGCUGCUAAAGAGCCGUUUGCACCAUAUGCUGACAGGGAAGGGCCUGAAUGGGCUGCGUGUGGAGAAGCUCCCCAUCCAGGACACCAAGCUGAAAACCAUAAAUGGUGAGGUCCCCACGGUGGAUCUCUCCUUCCAGCUGCUUUCCUCUGAGAGGCCGGAAAACUUCUUGACACCAAACAACAGCAAGGUUCUGCCCAUCCUGGACCCCAAGAUCUUAGACAAGAAGCUGGGUACCAUCCGUGAGUCCUGGUCCAAGGCCACAGUGAGCUCCACAAUUGGCUCCAACACAUACACUUCUCAGGAAGCAGAGGAAGAGCUUCAGGUGCCCAAGAUGUCCCGAGAAAUGGAGAUGAACAGCUACCGGUGGGCCAUGCAGAAGAUGGCAGAGGACAUCCUGUCACUGCGGAAACAGACCAGCAUCCUGGAGGCAGAGAACCAAAUGCUGAGGAGCCAGCUGACCCAGGAGGGGGUACAAGAGGAGCCAGACAUCACUGACAGAGCCCAGAACCUGGCGUCCAUGAAGCAGAAACUGCUGCUGAGUGAGCUGGACGUGAAGAAGCUGAGAGACAAGGUGCAGCAUCUGCAGAAUGAGCUGAUUCGAAAGAAUGAUAGAGAAAAGGAGCUGCUCCUCCUGCACCAGACUCAGCAGCCACAGGCGGCGCUGCUGAGGCGAUACCAGGACAAGCUGCAGCAGAUGAAGGCGCUGGAGGAGACCGUGAGGCACCAGGAGAAGGUGAUUGAGAAGAUGGAGUGGGUGCUGGAGGGCAAGCUGCGGGAGAAGAACGAGCCCCUGCAGAACAAGCUGCAGGGAAAGCCCAGUGUGGCCUUCCCCAUGCUCUCAGCCUCUGGCCUUCCCCCGGGUCCGACGGGAGAGAAUCUGCCUGUUGACCUUUACUCAAUGCUGCUGGCGGAAAACUCGAGGCUGCGGGCAGAGCUGGACAAGAGCCGCCACCAGUCAGCCCCCAUCAUUCUGCAGCAGCAGGCCCUGCUGGAUCUUCUUGCCAAUAAUUCAGACAAGUUUAACCUCCUAGCCAAGCUGGAAUGCGCUCAGAGCCGGAUUCUUUCCCUGGAACGCCAGUUAGAGGACUCAGCUCGACGCUGGGGACGAGAGAAGCAGGACUUGGCCACACGGCUGCAAGAGCAAGAGUAUGGCUUGAGGCCCCCUUCCAACACGAUCAUCACAGAUGAGUCCAACCCCUCCACCCUCUCCAAGAACCAAAGGCGACCCUCCAAGCUGGACCCCUCGACGCCCAGCUCAGAGACUAAGCUCAACAAGCUCUCUAAAUCCCAGCAGACUGAGUCCUAG